UAGUGUGAAAGGAAACCAAGAUGAUAAGGCCAACAGGGAGCGCACAUGUUUAAAGAAACGUCUCACAAAAUCCAGAGCGAUACUUCAUUCCUUAGGAACGCCCCUCUAUCCUGUUUGCAGAAAUCUUCCAAUAAGCACCAACUGCUGGCGAUAUGAAGACUGCUCUGUUUGUCUUUAGUAUGAUCGUCUUCAUUUCAUCCUGCAUGUCCCGUUGCCCGCUGGGAAGAAAAGCAAUUGUGGUCCACGAAUGUGUCCGGCAACUACAAGCCAACUUUGGGGACGCUGCGGAUAUCUCGAAGCUGGACAAGACGGAUAUUUUACAAAGAAGGCUCGGAUGCUGCAUCAUCGAGAGCCUGGAGAAAUGCUAUCGUGAGAAACUCACAGGAGCCUGUUCGGCGACCGCGGACUCGAUGGCCAGCAAUACGAAGAAGGUUAUGGUCGAAAAGUUCGCUCCGUGCAACUUUAACUGCCACGCCGUUGGCAGGGGCCGCGGAGAUACUCCGAUUGUUUCCGUGCACCAUAAGUGACUCAUUCUUGCGACACCGGCACCAAAGAAUAACAAUGUAAAAGUUACGAAAUGGGCCGGUUGGUACAUAUUAAGAAGAGGUGACGACGGAGAAACAAGAACAACAUUUCUGUCGUCACGUCUUCAGUUCAAUAAAGGUGUAGUUUAGUUUCCUA